UCCCAGAGGCGGCCCGUCGAGGACCGGGAGCGAUUAGACACGCUUAUCCAGAACGCGCUAAUCUCAGACGCGAUCCGUCACGGCGUACCCGGCAUCAUCGUCUGCUCAUCCUGGGAGGCGUUUUGAGCCGAACCACCGAGAAGAAGAAAGAGCAAGAGAACAGUUCCAAAGGCCUCGGGCAGCGCAGGAUGGGAAUCGGUGGUUUUCUCGUGCUGUCGCUUCUGGCGUUGGGCCCGCCGGGUUCUCUGGGGAACCCAACCAGGGAAAUGCAGCUGCUGUCGGCGAUGGAAAAAGUCCUGGACGCGCUCGGAUCAAGGAUCGACGAGAUGUACACGGACUCUGCUUUCGGACUUCGGUUUGCGGAUGAUCAACUGCAUGUCCUCCUGGAGCACUUGGAAGCCGGAGGACCGCCCACGCCUCCCGUGGCACUGGACGCCAUCCGGGCGGUGCAAGUCAAAGCGCAUCGAUACGCCCGUGCUGCCGCCGUCGUGGUGGACACGUCGUCCUCGACCCUGGCAGCGGGAAUUCUGCGCGAGGGCCUGUGGAGAGCCGUGAACCCGGGCCCGCCGGGAGCCGAAGCCCCAUCUCCCGCGAACGGCACCCUGGACAGCCAGGGACUAAACGAGAGCGUUUCGGAUCGGUGUCUGGGCCAGCUGUUCUCCGGAGAGGGAUGCCGAGACGUGAGCGGCCCCUGCUGGAGGACCAUGACCGGCGGGGGACAGCGGGGCUACGGUCUCACGCACCAGGUCCUCUUCGUCACCAUAGGCAUGGCGCUGAACUGCAGCGUCAAGAUGGAGUCCCUGGCCGGCCAGUUCCGGCAACCCGGACCUCGGAUCCUGCUGGAGUCGCUUUGCCGCCGAGUGGUCCAGGAAGCGGAAACGGUGGCUGAGGCGGGAUUCCCUGCCCGCCUUCGGGACCUGUUCCUCGAGCAAGUUGCAGUGUGCGGUUCCCUGGGCUACCCCGGUUUCGACAGGGACUCGUGGAUCGGAAACGCGCUCUCUUGGCAGAGAUCGGACGGCUGCUUCACCUUUCGGCCAGCAGCGCACAAGACUACGGCGUCGUCCCGAAACAAGAGGGAAGCAAGAACCACUCGAGACGGAUGCGACUUGCACAUGACCAGUGUGGGCGCAGGAGCUCUCGCCGUCUUCCUCAAGGCGCGUCUGCUGGCCACUCAAGAACCCAAAUAAAGCACACUCGGCGUUCCGA